AUCAUCCUCCAAAUCUUCAAAAUCAUUCGAGACUUAGAACUCCACCACCUCCAAUAUCUCAUGCUCACACCCCAAAUCAACACCACGCGGCCUCCAUCAAUUCCCUAAACAGAGGGAACUUCACUCCACGCAGCAACCCCAGCCCAGCUCCUACGGACCACUCUCUUUCUGGAGAACAACCAGCCAGUGCUCAAGAGCCAGCCCAUGCUCAGGACAACUGGUUACUCAACAGCAACAUCCCACUGGAGACCAGAAACAUAGCAAAGCAGACAUUCCUAGAGACAUUGCAGGACAACCUCAUUGAGAUGGACAUUCUCACCUCCUCCCGACAUGACGGUGCUUACAAUGAUGGGCACUUCCUGUUCAAACCUGGAGGCACUUCUCCCCUUUUUUGUACCACGUCGCCGGGAUAUCCCUUGACGUCCAGCACUGUGUACUCACCUCCCCCUAGGCCCCUUCCCAGAAGUACCUUCUCUAGGCCUGCCUUUAACCUGAAGAAACCCUAUAAGUACUGUAACUGGAAAUGUGCUGCCCUGAGUGCCAUUGUCAUCUCAGUCACGCUGGUGAUCCUGCUGGCCUAUUUCAUAGCCAUGCACCUGUUUGGCCUAAACUGGCACCUGCAGCCGAUGGAAGGGCAGAUGUAUGAGAUCACGGAAGACACAGCCAGCAGUUGGCCAGUGCCAACGGACGUCUCCUUAUAUCCUUCGGGGGGCACAGGGUUAGAGUUACCUGACAGGAAAGGCAAAGGAACCAGUGAAGGAAAACCCAGUAGUUUCUUUCCAGACGACAGUUUUAUAGACUCUGGAGAAAUUGAUGUUGGCAGACGAGCAACACAGAAGAUCCCUCCUGGUAUCUUUUGGAGAUCUCAGGUGUUCAUCGACCAUCCAGUGCAUCUGAAAUUCAAUGUGUCUUUAGGAAAGGCUGCUCUGGUUGGCAUCUAUGGCAGAAAAGGCCUCCCACCAUCACAUACACAGUUUGACUUUGUGGAGCUCCUUGAUGGAAGACGUCUACUGACACAGGAGGCAAGAAGCUUAGAAGGACCUCAGAGGCAGCACAGAGCUUUUGUGCCCUUGUCCAGCCAUGAGACGGGGUUUAUCCAGUAUUUAGAUUCAGGAAUAUGGCAUUUAGCCUUCUACAACGAUGGCAAGGAAUCGGAAGUGGUUUCUUUUCUUACUACUGCUAUUGAAUCAGUGGAUAAUUGUCCCAGUAACUGCUAUGGGAAUGGAGACUGCGUGUCUGGGACUUGCCAUUGCUUCCUUGGCUUUCUGGGACCUGACUGUGGCAGAGCAUCCUGCCCCGUGCUGUGCAGUGGGAACGGGCAGUACAUGAAGGGAAGGUGCCUGUGCCACAGCGGCUGGAAAGGAGCAGAAUGUGAUGUCCCAACCAACCAGUGCAUCGAUGUCUCCUGCAAUAACCACGGCACGUGCAUCAUGGGGACCUGUAUCUGCAACCCAGGAUACAAAGGAGAAAGCUGUGAAGAAGUGGACUGCAUGGAUCCCACCUGCUCGGGACGAGGCGUGUGCGUGCGAGGAGAAUGUCACUGUUCAGUGGGCUGGGGAGGAACCAACUGUGAGACCCCAAGAGCCACUUGUCUGGACCAGUGCUCCGGCCAUGGGACCUUCCUCCCGGAUACUGGACUCUGCAGCUGCGAUCCCAACUGGACUGGACAUGAUUGCUCAAUCGAGAUUUGUGCAGCGGACUGCGGAGGACACGGCAUUUGUGUCGGAGGCACCUGCCGCUGCGAGGAGGGAUGGAUGGGCACAGCCUGUGACCAGCGAGCGUGUCACCCACGCUGCAAUGAGCACGGGACAUGCCGGGAUGGCAAGUGUGAAUGCAGCCCGGGCUGGAAUGGAGAGCACUGCACUAUUGCUCACUAUCUGGAUAAGGUAGUGAAAGAGGGAUGCCCUGGCUUGUGCAACGGCAACGGCAGAUGCACUCUGGACAUGAAUGGCUGGCACUGCGUCUGCCAGCUGGGCUGGAGGGGAGCAGGAUGCGACACUUCCAUGGAGACGGCGUGUGGAGAUGGGAAAGACAACGACGGAGAUGGCCUGGUGGAUUGCAUGGACCCAGACUGCUGCUUGCAGCCAUUGUGCCACAUCAAUGCACUGUGCCUGGGCUCCCCAGACCCCUUGGAUAUCAUCCAGGAGACACAGGCCCCUGUGUCCCAGCAGAGCCUGCAUUCGUUCUACGAUCGGAUCAAGUUCCUCAUCGGCAAGGACAGCACUCACGUCAUCCCAGGAGACAAUCCUUUUGAAGGAGGACAUGCAUGCGUGAUUCGAGGCCAGGUGAUGACGGCAGAUGGGACCCCUCUUGUUGGAGUGAACAUCAGCUUCGUCAACAAUCCUCUGUUUGGAUACACAAUCAGCAGACAAGAUGGCAGCUUUGAUCUUGUGACCAUUGGUGGGAUCUCCAUCAUCCUGCACUUCGAGCGGGCUCCCUUCAUCACCCAGGAGCACACGCUGUGGCUGCCGUGGGAUCGCUUCUUCGUGAUGGAAACCAUCGUCAUGAGGCACGAGGAGAAUGAGAUCCCAAGCUGUGACCUCAGUAACUUCGCCCGACCCAACCCUGUGGUCUCCCCAUCUCCACUGACAGCUUUUGCAAGUUCCUGCUCGGAGAAAGGUCCUAUUGUUCCUGAAAUCCAGGCUCUACAGGAGGAGAUUAAUGUUUCCGGUAGUAAAAUUAAAGUGAGUUACCUGAGCAGCCGCACAGCUGGCUACAAAUCAGUCCUGAGGAUCAGCAUGACCCACCCCACCAUCCCCUUCAACCUCAUGAAAGUCCACCUCAUGGUGGCCGUCGAGGGACGCCUCUUCAGAAAGUGGUUUGCAGCAGCACCAGACUUGUCCUAUUACUUCAUCUGGGACAAGACAGACGUCUACAGCCAGAAGGUGUAUGGGCUCUCAGAAGCCUUUGUUUCAGUAGGUUAUGAGUAUGAAUCCUGUCCUGACUUGAUCCUGUGGGAGAAGAGGACAGCUGUGCUUCAGGGUUAUGAAAUUGAUGCUUCCAAACUUGGAGGAUGGUCCCUGGAUAAACACCAUGCCCUCAACAUACAAAGUGGCAUCUUACAUAAAGGAAAUGGGGAAAACCAGUUUAUUUCCCAGCAGCCGCCUGUAAUCGGAAGCAUUAUGGGCAACGGCCGCAGACGUAGCAUCUCUUGUCCAAGCUGCAAUGGUCUUGCAGAUGGGAACAAACUCCUGGCUCCUGUUGCCCUAACAUGUGGGUCUGAUGGAAGUCUUUACGUUGGAGAUUUCAACUACAUCCGAAGGAUCUUUCCCUCUGGCAAUGUCACCAACAUACUGGAGCUGAGAAAUAAAGAUUUCAGACAUAG